AUGUCUUCAACAACUAAACAACUCCUAGAUUACUAUGAGAAAGAAGGUUUUCUCGAAAUCCGCCCAUUUCCACUCAUGCCAUUUACUAAAGAAUUCAAUCCAAAUAAUCGCAUUUUCAAUGCAGCCCAACAUUUGCAAACAUUCAUUUAUAUUCCAUAUUUUGGUCGUCCAAAUGAAUCUUUGGUGAAUGCAGUGAAAAGGCUUGAUUAUGGAAAUGUUGGCUCCUUUCAACUGAAGCACAUUGCUCUUGGAUUUGAUGGUGGAUUGACACCUAGACUCUGGAACUAUCGCCAAUUCUCGAGUUUAGACUUUUUGAAGCGUUCGAUUGCAUAUCCUAUGAAAAGAGACGGAAAGCCUCAUCAAAUCACUGCUUUACGUACAACGUUGAAAGAGAUUUUUGGAGAUAAUGAACCACCAUAUAGAGCCCAGCAGACUCAGCCCGUUAUUGAUGAUUGCAUGGAAAGAGCAAAAAGCGAAAUUCCUGGAGAAGAUUGUUUGAAACCAACGGGUCGAAUAUGUUAUUCGGCUUUGAAAGAUCUCGAUGAUUGGUUGUACGCUGUGCCUACUGAAGAAAGCCACUAUACACUGAUU